AUGCAUUCCUUAAGCGGGUGGAAGUAUGCUCAGGGUCCAAAUUACGUUACGAACAGUAACAAAACCUACCCUUACUCAGAAUGCCCGUACUUAGGUGAAUAUCGCCUAGUAAAGUUACCGGUUUCUCUUAACAACCUGAUCGAACACGUCGACUAUUGGGGAGAAGGGAGGAUAGUCACACAGCAUGGAAUCAGCGGUUUCUCGGAUUGCUAUAACGUUAACCAUGUAUUCCAACUUGUGAGCAACGGUCCCGACCGAGGCAGGAAGAUACCAAACAGAAUCCCAGUCGUGAACUACACUAACUGUGACACCAGCCCCUACAUCAAGGACCAUUCCGUAGAGGUUGUCACUGUCAUGGGCGCACCAAUCAACAACAGCUGUGCAAGAGACAUCGCACGCAUGAUCAACCCAGAUGUAGGUAAAGUUGUCACAUACGGAUUUGAAAACAACUCGGCCGAAAUAAGAAAUUUAACUUCAGAAUUGAAGAAAAAGUCGAUUUUUUACUGCCCAAAGUACACUUUACCUAGCAAGCUACGAGGCUUAACGCUGUUUGAUAGUAACAUGGCUUUUCUGAAUCUGACGGAAAUAAAAGACAUUCUUUAUAACAAGGUCACUGAUGGGGUAUACGACGACGCCGUCGCUUUGACUAAAAUUAUGGAUACUGAAGCCGGUUCGGAAGCUAUCGGCGAAGUUGUUGUUAAACUUAUAGGUGAGAAGUGCGGUAAUGUAAUGUCGUAUGCUUACAAACUAUGGAACAGUGGAGCUACUGAAGUUGUACAAAACAGUUUUCCAACUCCCUUCCAACUUAUUUUAAAAGGGGAAGUUGUGACGAUAGUCAACAAAGAAUAUCAACAAGCUAUGAAAUUGGAAGUCGGUAAUUCCAAAACCGAUAUUCCUGUUCUUGGCGACAGUUCUGAUAAAAUAAGCAAGAAAGUAAGUUGGAAGUUUCAAACUGAGGUGGAGAAUGGUAACGUAGUGUUUAAAAUAUGUAACUUAGAACAUAACAUGUAUUUGAAGUUGGACGAAAAUACGGACAAUUUAGGAGAUAGAAAGGUUUUAGCUUCUUUGGGGAAUAGUGAGGUCAAAUACACGUAUUAUGUGGAGCCAGUGAUGACAAAUGGACAUAUAGCCUUCCGUUUGAUAGAUACUCAGUAUCAUCAAGCUGUGAAAAUGGAUGAAAAGGAAGAUUCUAAUGGAACCAGACAGCUUUGGGGACAUAAUGGGGAUCCUCGCGGUGACAACAAAUCACUCGACUGGGUGAUUGCUGCCAAUACGAAGAUUUGGGAAAAGGAAGCAAUCGAAUUAUAA